AAAAAAAAACUUGCGAAAACAUUUUUCUGUGAAAAUUUAUUAAUUAAAGCACUAUUUAACAAUGGAUAUCAACGAUAACAAUUUCCGUAUCUUGACAGAAUACUUAGCAAAUACUUUAAACCCAGAUCCUGCUGUACGAAGACCUGCUGAGCAAUUCCUUGAAACUGUCGAUCACAACCGUAAUUAUCCCCAAUUAUUGCUCAUGCUGAUCGAUAAAGAUGCUGUAGAUAUGACAAUUCGAGUGUCUGGAGCAAUUGCCUUUAAAAAUUACAUUAAAAGAAAUUGGGGAAGAAAUAUUGAUAAUCCAGAAGAACCAGACAAGAUCCAUGAAAGCGAUCGGGAAGCAAUUAAACGAAUGAUUGUACCUUUAAUGUUGAAAUCUCCAUUGUCGAUUCAGAAACAAUUUAGUGAUGCUAUUCAGAUUAUUGGAAAAUAUGACUUCCCAAAAAAAUGGCCAUCACUUUUGGACGAGAUGAUUGAAAAGUUCCAAACUGGUGAUUUUCAUGUGAUUAAUGGAGUUCUCAAGACGGCACAUUCCUUAUUCAAACGCUAUCGUCACGAGUUCAAGUCUCAAGAAUUAUGGGAGGAGAUUAAAAUUGUUUUGGACAAGUUUGCCAAGCCUUUAACCGACUUGUUGCAGGCUACGCUUAAUUUGAGAACAACUCAUAGUACUAAUGAAGCAGCAUUGAAAGUCAUUUAUGAAUCUUUAGCAAUCAUGUGUAAAGUCUUUUAUUCGCUCAAUUCUCAAGAUUUACCAGAAUUCUUUGAGGAUAAUAUGGGAAUUUGGAUGCCAACGUUCCAUGAAUUGCUUACAACGGAUGUUCCAUGCUUAAAAACUGGCGAAGAUGAAGAAGCUGGAGUUAUGGAAAUGCUUCGCUCUCAAAUUUGUGACAAUAUUACGCUUUAUGCACAGAAAUAUGACGAGGAAUUUGGUCCUUAUAUGCAGAGAUUCGUUACAGCUGUUUGGGAAUUGCUAGUUAAUACAGGACAGCAGCCAAAAUAUGAUGCUUUAGUUACAAACGCUUUGCAUUUCUUGAGUACCGUUGCUGGACGUCAACAAUAUAGCAGUCUCUUUGCGGAACCAAGUGUUUUAGCAAGCAUCUGUGAGAAAGUCAUUGUCCCUAAUAUGGAUUUCAGAAAUUCGGAUGAGGAGCUGUUUGAGGACAAUCCAGAAGAGUACAUUCGUAAGGAUAUUGAAGGAUCUGAUAUAGAUACAAGGAGACGUGCAGUUAGUGAUCUUUUGAGGACUUUAUCGCAGAAAUUUGAAGCAAAAAUUAUCGAGCUUUUUAGUCAGUAUUUGAAUAUGCUUUUAGAACGUUAUAAGGCAGACCCAAAAAAUAAUUGGCGCUCAAAAGACACUGCAAUCUAUUUAGUAACAACAUUGGCAGCUAAAGCUACAACACAAAAACAUGGAGUUACUCAAGCUUCUCAAUUAGUGCCAAUUCCACAAUUUUUCGUAAGUGAUAUUGUUUCGGAACUCGAGAGACCAGAUGUAAAUGAUUUACCAGUACUUAAAGCUGAUGCAUUAAAGUUUUUAAUGACUUUCCGUACUGUUCUUGGUCCACAAAUUAUUGGAGCAAUUCCACAAGUUAUUCGUCACUUGCAAUCAGAUAGUUAUGUCGUUCACAGCUACGCUGCAUGCAUUUUAGACAAGAUUCUGAUUAUGAAAGAUGGAAAUGGUAAUCCUUUAAUUACACAAGAGAUUUUAUCUCCAUAUUCUGGCGAUGUUGUUGGAGGACUUUUCCAGGCUUUAUCAAAGCCUAAUUCGAAUGAAAAUGAAUAUAUUAUGAAGGCAAUUAUGCGAUCAUUUAAUACAUUAAAUGAAAAAACAAUGCCAUUUAUGAGCGCUGUAUUGCCAAAGCUCACAGAAAUAUUAACACAAGUGUCGAAGAAUCCAUCAAAGCCUCAUUUCAAUCAUUUCCUGUUUGAGACAAUUGCAUUAGCUAUAAAAAUUGUCUGUAAAAUUGAACCGAAUGCAGUCACGUCAUUUGAGGAAGCGCUAUUUCCACAAUUUCAAUUUAUGCUUCAAAAUGAUAUUAUGGAAUUCUUGCCGUACGUUUUCCAAAUGCUCUCCUUGCUAAUGGAAAUUCGACAAUCAAUUGGAUCUGUUCCUGAACCUUAUUUAGCUCUAUUCCCAUGUCUUCUUAGUCCAGUUCUAUGGGAACGGCCAGGAAAUGUAACACCUUUAAUGAGAUUAUUGUGUACAUUUGUUAAACAAGCAUCGGCACAAAUUCAGGCACAAGGCAAAUUAAUGAGCGUUCUUGGAGUUUUCCAAAAGAUGAUUGCAUCAAAGUCUAACGAUCAUGAAGGCUUUUACUUGUUGCAGCAUUUAAUUGCUCAUUAUCCACGAGCUGAUUUCCUUCCUGUUAUGCCACAAGUAUUCACUCUUCUCUUCCAACGUUUAAGCUCGUCAAAAACAACAAAAUUCGUCCGAUGCUUGAUUGUCUUAUUCAAUUUCUAUGCAGUCAAAGUCGGUGCUAAUGAAUUAAUCCAAUUAAUUGACACAAUUCAGUCACAAAUGUUUGGAAUGGUUUGUCAACGUGUUUUUGCAACAGAUCUUAAUAAAGUUUCUGGAGAAAUUGAAAGAAAAAUUGCAGCAGUUGGAAUGACUAAAAUACUUUGUGAAUCAUCAAUGAUGCUCCAACCUCCUUAUGUUACUCAUUGGCAGCCACUUGUUCAAGUCUUGAUUGAAUUGUUUGAAUUACCACAAGAUGAAUCGAGCAUUGAAGGUGACAAUUUUAUUGAGAUUGAAGAUACAGCUGGAUAUCAAGUAGCUUAUUCACAAUUAAACUUUGCAUCAGCUAAGAAGGACGAUCCAAUUUCGGAAGUUCCUGAUGCUAGACGAUAUUUCAUUGAAAAAUUGAGCCAAAUUCAACAACCGGAAAUUAAGUCAAUGCUUCAUCAAAUGACUGCACAGCACCAAGCAGCCUUGCAGAAAUACGCAGGUCAAUUUGGAGCGUCUCUAUUUUAAUUAUCAUGAUUAUUUAAGUUUUAUUAUUCUCUUUUUACUACUGUUUUCACAAAUUAAUUGUUAAAUAAGAGAAACAGUUGAAUAAAUUAAUCACACGAUUAUUUUGAUGUAGA